GCAAAAGCCGGUGAGUUGACAGCACCCCGCCAGCUUUCGGGCUCUCUCCUGUCGGUGUUGUCUUCUGUCCUCAGACAGGGUUGACCGAGGGGGAACUUGGAAGUCUCUGAGCAUCAUUCCUUUAGAAAUAAUUCCUGGUGCCAACAGUUCCCAAAAGGAUGUAGCCUUGGAAGUUAUAGAAACUCAUUCACAAAAAAAUGACAUCUUGGUUGUAUGAAUGUCUUUGUGAAGCUGAACUUGCACAGUAUUAUCCUCAUUUUACUGCCCUUGGUCUUCAAAAAAUAGAUGAAUUAGCCAAGGUUACAAUGAAGGACUAUUCCAAAUUGGGAGUCCAUGACAUGAAUGACCGCAAACGUCUCUUCCAACUUAUCAAAAUCAUUAAGAUUAUGCAAGAAGAAGAUAAAGCAGUCAGUAGCCCAGAGCAUCCUCUUCAGACAAACAGCCUGCACAUUAAGCCUCAGGAAUCCAGAUCUGGCCCUCGCAGACAACUGCAUUUUGAUUCUCCUGCUGACAACAAAGACAGAACUACCAGCAACAACGGGCUUGAAAUGUGCAGGUUAUCAGAUUCUUCUGUAAACAAACAGAAGUCUAGUUACUUAAAAGUGCUCCAACGCAUGCUGCCGGCUGAUUCCCAACACCAUACAAAAACAAGAAUUCGGAAUGCCACAGCUGCUGGUUCCUAUGUGCAAACAGAAACUAACACUUCGCUCUUUUCAUCAAAUCACUUUUCUCCAAUACUGGGGGAUUAUGAUAUUCCCGUUAUUCAAAGAGUCCCUCAUGUUUCAGAGUAUAACUAUGGAAUCCCUCAGUCCUGUAUCAGACAGAACACCUCAGAGAAAGAGAAUCCUUGGACUGAGAUGGAGAAAAUCAGAGUUUGUGUUCGAAAACGCCCUUUGGGCAUAAGGGAGGUACGUCGUGGAGAAAUUAAUAUUAUUACUGUAGAAGACAAAGAAACUCUACUUGUUCAUGAGAAGAAAGAAGCAGUUGACCUCACACAAUAUAUUCUGCAGCAUGUUUUUUAUUUUGAUGAAGUCUUUGGUGAAGCAUGCACCAACCGGGAUGUAUACAUGAAGACUACUCACCCACUCAUUCAGCAUAUUUUCAAUGGAGGGAUUGCCACCUGCUUCGCAUAUGGACAGACAGGUGCUGGGAAGACCUACACCAUGAUAGGAACUCAUCAGAACCCAGGACUCUAUGCUCUGGCUGCCAAAGAGAUCUUCAGGCAACUAGAAGUGUCCCAGCCAAAAAGGCACCUCUUUGUGUGGAUCAGCUUUUAUGAAAUCUACUGUGGACAGCUUUAUGACCUCUUAAAUAGAAGAAAAAGGCUCUUUGCAAGAGAAGAUAGCAACCACGUGGUACAGAUAGUGGGACUGCAAGAGCUUCAGGUGGACAGUGUGGAGCUCCUCUUAGAGGUGAUUCUGAAAGGCAGCAAGGAGCGCAGCACUGGGGCCACUGGAGUUAAUGCAGACUCCUCCCGCUCCCAUGCUAUCAUCCAAAUUCAGAUCAAAGAUUCAGCCAAGAGGACAUUUGGCAGGAUCUCUUUUAUUGACUUGGCUGGCAGUGAAAGAGCAGCAGACGCCAGAGACUCAGAUAGACAGACAAAGAUGGAAGGUGCAGAAAUAAACCAGAGUCUUCUGGCUCUGAAGGAAUGUAUCCGAGCAUUGGAUCAGGAACACAGCCACACUCCCUUCAGGCAAAGCAAAUUAACUCAGGUCCUGAAGGAUUCUUUCAUCGGUGAUGCCAAAACAUGCAUGAUUGCCAACAUCUCGCCAAGCCACGUGGCCACUGAACACACUCUGAAUACCUUGCGUUAUGCUGACCGGGUCAAAGAACUAAAGAAAGGCAUUAAAUGUUGUGCUUCAGCUACCAGUCGAAAUCGGACCUCUGGAAACUCUUCUCCAAAACGAAUCCAGAGCUCCCCUGUGGCCCUGCCAGGGGAUAAGUGUUCUCCCAAAAAAGUCAAGCUGGGACUUCAGCAGUCAUUCACAGCAGCUCCCAGUUCCACGAGAGGGAAGGCUCAUCCUCUGGCAAACCGCCCACCCAAUAUCCCUUUUGCUCCUGUACCUAAAGUUCCCAGUAAAAGGGGUGGAUCCAGAGGGAGUCUUCACCAAGAGUGGGUCAUUCAGACUAGCCCUGUGAAGGGAGCCACACGGUCUGGACAUUCAGUCAAAAAAAGAGAAGAGUCUGCCUCAUUGUGCUCUGAGAAAAUUCAAAUGAGCCACAAAGCUGCCCGCAGAUGGGGAAGCAGGACCCCUGGCCCAGGAGAAGACCCGGUGCAUGGCAAACUGCCCUCCAAGUGCAAGAAAGUGCAGACUGUGCAGCCAGUGCAGAAGCAGCUUGUGUCACGAGUUGAGCUGUCCGCUGGCAACCUCCACCACUUGGCAGAAUACAGUCAGGGCAGCAAGGGGAGCACACCUGCCAGGUCUGCCUCUGAAGCUUGGACAGACAUCCCUCCACACCAGAAGGAGAGGGAGGAACAUUUGCGCUUUUAUCACCAGCAGUUCCAGCAGCCGCCUCUCCUCCAGCAGAAGUUAAAGUACCAACCACUGGAAAGGUUUUUAUGCCAGUACAGGCCCCUAGAGGGGCAGCUCCAGAAGGAGACCCCUCCUCCCUUCUGUUCUUACUCUGAGAGCCAGGAUGGAGCCCAAACUGAGGACCUUGAUGACAGCGAUUUCAGUGAAGAUUCUUUUUCACAUGUCUCCAGUCAGAGAACCACAAAGCAGAGAAACACCCUAGAGAAUAGCGAAGGUUCAUUCUUCCUUCAUCAGAGGGAACAAGGACCUGAGGAGCAGGUGGCUGAAAGGCAGCGAAGUCUGCUUUUUAACCCCAGGACAGAUGGUGAUGAGAAGUGUCUAACUGGAAGCUGGAUGUACUCCAGGGACCCCACAAGCCACAGAAGAGCAGCACUUAAUCGUGGCCACAGCCCAAGUAAGUUACCUUUGGACUGGAGCAGAGAGGAGGACUCUAUCUCCUCAGCACCUUCUCCCAGAGACAACCUGGCAGAGAAGCCUUACUGCUCACAGGUAGAGUUUGUAUAUGGCCAGAAAAGAGGUGGCAGCCCAGCCUUUGAUCUCAGACAGAAUGCCUUCAGAAGUGAGGUUCCUGGGCAGGCCAAGGGUACUUCACCAUCCCUGGAGGCAGAUGGUUUCAUUUUCUCACUAUCCCACAUUGCAGUUGCAAGAUCUCCAGACCAAAGAGACACACUCAGUACACCUCUGAAAGAAGUCAGACAAGACAGCCCAACAGCAAAGAACAGUUAUGCAUACCAAGACGACAACUCUAAAGGGGAAUCAGGCACAUGCUCUGAAUAUGCUUCUGGAGUGAUGGCUCCCCUCACUGUGUCCCUCCUGGAGAACACAGACAAUGAGGGCUCUCUUUCCUUGGAGCAGCUGGCCCAGGAUGGGCCUGUGCAUACUCUAGCGGCAGUGGACACAGGGGGACCAGCUGUGGACCACACAGUGUCAUCUGAUGAUCAAAAGGCACUUCUGCCAAUCUCUUCGGCAACUGGGCACCUGUGGCUCUCAUCAUCUCCCCCUGACAAUAAGCCUAGUGGUGGUCUUCCAGCUCUGUCCCCAUCACCCAUCCGUCAGCAGCCCCCGGACAAGCUACCCACAAGUGAGGCCGACCUAGGAGGGGUCUGCGAGAGCACAGAGACUGCUCUCUUCUCCCAGGAACAUGUGGGUAGCCAGCAGUAUGAUGCUGAUGCUAAGGACACAGAGCUGAACAGCUCCCAAGGUUUCCCAGGAAAGCCCUUCCCCACCAUACAUACUGGAGGACCCCACCCUGGGCCUAUAUUCACCCCACAAACAGAAAGUAGUGAUAUGGCUGACCAGCCCUGGGCCCAGGAAAGAAAACAUCCAACAGGUCUUGGUUGGCAGGAGCUGAGUUUGUCCACAGACCCCAUCAAGUUGUCUUGCUCCAACACAGACGUCGUAUGGCUCAAAUACAGGCUGAUCCCAAGAUGCUUAGCAAGGCCAGGCUCUCCCCUGAUCCCCAGUUGCUCUCCAGAGACGGCAGGAAAAGUCCAUCAGCUCACCCUGGGGCAUGCACAGCAGGUGGUCAUCCGAGCACACCAGGAACAGCUGGAUGAAAUGGCAAAACUGGGCUUCAAGGAGGAGACCCUAAUGAGCCAGUUGGCUCUUAAUGAUUUUGAAGAUUUUGUGACCCAGCUGGAUGAAAUCAUGGCUCUGAAAUCCAAGUGCAUCCAGAGUCUGAGGAGCCAGCUUCAGCUAUAUCUGGCCUGCCACAGGCCAGCCACCGCCCCUGAGAGAACAAUGGUGUCUUAGAGUAAGACCCAAUAUGAGGUGAUGGCAGCUCAGGAGCCUGUGCUGAAGGGGCCUCUGCCAGGUCCUCCCUGCAGAUACCAGACCCACUCCCUGAUCCUUCUCAGGCUACCCUUUCCCUAGCCACACAUGGCCUUGACUGGGCCCCAGCUCCUCUCUCAGGACCAAGACUCUGUCCCUCAAUUUCAAGCACAAGGCCAUCUGUAAGAAAGGACCGAGCAGCCUAAAAAAAACAAUAUGGCCCUCCCUUUUCUUUGGGGCUAGAAGAGAAUUUGUCUUACUGACCUCUUGUCUGGAAACACACUUGGGUCUAAUAACCUUGUAGAUGUUUCUGAAUUUAAGGCUCAGAGGAUGAGGUCAGUGGUAAUGUAAAUGCCAAAGGCCACAAGCUGGAGAAGAAACCAUGCUGAACUCAGGGGCUUUGUUAGAUGAAUUCUGUUCUUCAAGACUUAGCCAAAAACUAAAACACUGGUGGCUUGUAGUGGGGGCUGGGUGAGCUCUGCCCCAUCAGCCCUUGGAGACUGGUUUGGGCUUUAGGUUGCAUACGUGGGACAGGCUUUAUACCCCCAGUUCCCCUCCCUUCCUGCAAUCCAGACACAGAAGGGAGUGUUCAUAUUACUGCAUUAUUCUUUUCCCAUCUCUGCUUAUGCUGGGAUGACUGGCCUAUUAUAAGUCCUAACAGCACCCAUGCUCCUGUGGCAGGCAGUUCCUGGCUCCUGAGUCCUCACCUGUCACGCCCUCUCGUGGCAAAGUUGAAGGGGAGGAUCUCAGGCAAGUCCAUCUCCUAGUGUUAACUUUAACAUGACCCUGACUGUCCACUA